AAUCAACAUCGAAGAACUUCCCGUUUCAUAUAAUCAUUCCAAAAAGGCUUGGAUGACCAGACUGUUGUUCCGUCAAUGGUUCCACGAAGAGUUUGUCCCCGCUGUUCGAAAAUUUUCGGCCGAGAGAGGAUUGGAGCCAAAGGCAUUGCUGGUUCUUGAUAAUUGCACCAGUCAUUAUGACGUUGACGAAUCUCUACAGAGUGACGAUGGACUGAUUCAAGUGAUCUACUUCCCACCAAAUGUAACUGCUGAAUGCCAGCCGAUGGACCAAGCGGUCAUCAAUGCAAUCAAGCGAAAGUAUAAAAGAAAACUGAUGCUCGCAUUAAUUCUGGAAAACGAACACUUAAGUUUCGAUGAACGAUUGAAGAAGAUUAAUCUUCAACAGUGUAUUUCGUGGUUGGCAACCUCUUGGGAGGAGAUAUCUGACAAAACUAUACGUAAUUCGUGGAAGAAAUUGAUCGAUGGUUUGCCGGAGGAUGCUGUUAAUGUAGACUCGAAAGCGGCCGAUGAUGACUUCAAAGCGCUUGUGUCCAGGAUUGACAGUUUGGCAGGAACAAAAACAUCUGAGCAAGAUAUUGAUCUGUGGAUCAAAGAUCAGGUGUAUGAUGCUGAUCAUAAUCCAGAUUGGGUAACCAGUGAAGUGUUCUCUGAUGACGAGAUUUUGUCAUCAGUUCUCAAGAAAGGUCAACCUGAAAUGCAAGAAGAAUGGUUGGUAGACACAGAAGAUGGAAGUAAUUCGUUUGAUACUUCCAUUACUAGUACCGGAGAUCCUGAUUUUGGCGAUGCAAUCAAGUCAAUUGAUUGCCUAGUUCGCUAUAUGAAGCAUGAUGUUGCAGAAGUAUGCCGUUUGAACGCGCUACGUUCGAAAAUCACUGAAGUUGAAUGGCUAAAACGAGCAUGUUGAAG